AUGGCUGAAUGCGAACCCCCUCCAGUCCCAGACCAUUUCUCGAUAUCCGAUUUCUCGACUGCAGCCACCGCGAAAGACCCCUUCGAGCCGCCGUUCCUUCCAUACUGGGCCCGAUACGAGUCGCAGUGCGCGCAGAACCUACUGGACUACUCUGACGAGCCGAUCGAGUACGACCACGACGACGAGGACUACAGCGAUAACUGCUUCUUCUUUCCAGAAGACUGUUCCUACACGCCAACUAAGAAUUGGGUUGAAGCGCAUUUCGUUUCAGUGGAGAAUACAGACGACAUCCAGGUGGAGGAUUACACAUCGGCGGACCAGGACACGAACCCCGACGACACCACUACCGAGAUCGACACUGACACUGAUCCUGACACCGACACGGACACCGACACCAUGAUCCCCGGACUCCCAGAUAUCAAGAUGAUCGACUCAGACGCAUUAAGCGAUCUCCUAGAAGAUAAUCUCUCCCCGCCAGAGAUAACAACAAUCAUCGUCUUCGCAACCAACGGUGCAGUCUUCGCCCACGGCUCAACCCUCUCCUCCCGCCAACUCCGAAACCUCAGCGCAACCUACGGCGCCGCCUACACAUGCUACGCGAAAACAGCCUCAACAGGCAAUCUAACAGGCGUGAAUCCAGCCAGUCACCCAUCCUCUUACAUUACGGCAAAAUCAAUGUCCCUAGGCGAUGUAGGCUCCAUCGUCUUCGAGCUAGAUGACUCCGUGGCGGUGGUAACGCGCAUCGCCGAUAAAGUGCUCAUCGCCGCGGUGGGCCCGUCCAAACCGGGAUCUGGUUCCACCGAGACACCAGCCACAGCGAACACAGAUACCUCUGAGCAUGGCCCGAACGUUGAUCUGGCGAAUGGGAAUGGGAAUGGAAAUGCGACAACCUCACCGGAUGGAUCACAGGAUGGUCAGCGGACUCCGACUUUGUCGAAUGCAAACCCAGACGCGCAAAACGGACAUCUAGACCAACAUGAAAUCGACCGAAGUGUUGAUCUGGAGCGAUUGUCCAGUUUGAAUUUGUCGGCUUCGCCGGCUGUCUUGUUGGCGCUUGAGUCGAAGUGUGCUGCGUUGGCGAGGUUCCUGGGACAGAAGUUGGAUGAUUUGGAGAGUCCUGAGGAUUUCUGA